GAGGGGGAGGAGGAGGAGGAGAGGAGGAAGAAGCAGAAACAGAAGGAGUGCAUGGCUGGCUGAGACGCGGAGAGCCCGGUCCGGCCUCAGCGCUACAUGGAGGAGCUCAGCCGCACAUAAGCAUGGACGUGGUCGAUGAAACGGAGGCUUUACAGAGGUUCUUCGAAGGUCAUGAUAUUAACAGCUCUUUGGAGCCUACAAACAUCGACACCAGUAUCCUGGAGGAAUACAUCAGCAAAGAGGACGACAGCUCAGAUAUCUGUUUUCCCGAAGUCCACAGCGGCCCAGGACCUAACUACUCAUCCCCCCAGGCCGGAGCAUCCUCCUCUGGGGGGGUGGUGUGUGGUGUGAACCCCGCUAUCCCCCAUCGCCAGGGCAGCACCCAGUCUAUACCCACACUGUGCCAGAACCCCUAUCCCCCUCCACCCCCACUUGGUCUUCUCAGACACAGCCACCCCUGCCAAAGCCACCACCAUCACCAGUCAGUCCCACCACCCAACAUCAAACCUGAGCACUGUGCUCACUACGCAGCCGGAACAUUACCUGAGUCUCCACCAGACUCUAGCUCAGAGCCCUACUCCCCCCCGCAAGUGAAUGAAUCACACAUGCUUCGGACCAUGACGCCUGAGAAUAUGUGUCACAUGACCACUCCGCCACCCAUGCCACCCCUGCCACCCCACAGCCACUACUCCAACAUACAUCGGGAUAUGUACCUGAAACCUGAGCCCUUGAUUUCACAGUACCCAAUUGGUCCAGCAAGCAGUGGGGGUGGUGACCUGCAACAGGGUCAGAUGCUCCAUCAGUUGCUCCAGCAUCCACAAGGCCAAGAUGGUAUGCCUGUCCACCAAGCAAAAAAAAGAAAGCACUCCGAUUCUCCUAACAGCACUCUCAAUGCUCAGAUACUAAGCGGCAUUAUCAAGCAAGAACCAGGAUUAAUGCAGGAUGCAGAGAACUCAUAUUUGGAUCCAAACUACCAAUGCAUAAAAUGGCAGCCACACCAACAGAACAAAUGGACUCCAUUAUAUGAUGCCAAUGGAAAAGAACUCCCGAUGCCUACUUACAGAGUGGAUGCUGACAAAGGUUUUAAUUUUUCUUUGGCUGAUGAUGCGUUCGUGUGUCAGAAAAAGAACCACUUUCAAGUCACUGUGUACAUUGGCAUGCUGGGAGAUCCCAAAUAUGUGAAGACCAGUGAAGGGCUGCAACCAAUAGAUUGUUUUUACCUAAAACUUAAUGGAGUCAAGUUAGAAGCCAUGAACCAGACCAUCAAUGUUGAACAGUCUCAGUCUGACCGCAGCAAGAGGCCAUUUAAACCUGUUCUGGUUACUUUGCCGCCGGAACAAGUAACAAAGGUAACAGUGGGUCGACUGCACUUCAGUGAGACUACAGCCAAUAAUAUGAGAAAGAAGGGCAAGCCAAACCCUGAUCAGAGGUACUUCAUGUUGGUGGUGGCUCUCCAGGCUCAAUCCCAUAGUCAGAGCCAUACGGUGGCAGCUCAGGUGUCUGAGAGGAUCAUCGUCAGGGCAUCCAAUCCAGGGCAGUUUGAGAGUGACAGUGAGGUGUUGUGGCAGAGAGGUCAGUUGCCUGAUUCGGUGUAUCACCAUGGCCGUGUGGGCAUCAACACUGAUCGACCAGAUGAGGCUCUGGUUGUCCAUGGCAACCUAAAGGUCAUGGGUUCUCUGGUACAUCCAUCUGACAUCCGUGCCAAGGAGAACGUGAAAGAGGUGGACACCACAGACAACCUCAAGCGAAUCUCCCAGAUGCGGCUGGUGCAUUACCAGUAUAAGCCUGAGUUCGCUGCCACUGUUGGCAUUGAGAACACUGCAGAGACUGGAGUCAUAGCCCAGGAGGUCCAGCAGAUCCUACCAGAAGCAGUGAAAGAAGGAGGAGAUGUAGUUUGUGCCAAUGGAGAGACCAUUCCCAAUUUACUGGUAGUCAACAAGGAGCGCAUUUUUAUGGAGAAUGUCGGAGCAGUGAAGGAGUUGUGUAAACUAACUGAUAAUCUGGAAACUCGAAUUAAUGAGCUCGAACGGUGGAGUCGCAAACUUGCUAAACUACGCCGCCUUGACAGCAUGAAGAGUUCUGUCAGUGGGGGAACAAUUAGCCUAACAGGAAGCUACUUUAGCAGGACAGGAAGUGGUCCACUUAAGAAAAAAGCACCCACUGCAGGAAGUAAGAAUGCAGUUCCAGAGCAGGGCUGUUUAAGUCAUCGGUUCCUGCAGGGUACCAUACUGGCCCUGGUCAUCAUCAUGGCCUUCAGUGUCAUCUCAAUGUCUAUACUGUAUGUACUAAACAUGCAUCAACACAGCAACAUGGCUGAGGUGGAUCGUUCUAUGUCCUCCUGUGCUUUUUCCAUCUCCUGGAUGCCCUUCUUCACUGCCACUGUCACUUUCUAUCCAACCAUGUGUUUAUGCACCCGUUCUGCUCUUGGCUCAUCAAGUAAAGCAGUCUAUUCACCCCCAAUUUCUACAAUCUCUUCAGACAUAGACACCACCUCUUCAACCCUGCCUAAUCGUCUUAUCUGCUGCCCUCCAACAACUGCCACGAACAACCAAUCAGCUACUGGUAGCCUGCAGGGAAGCAUUAACCAAUCUAUGUCAGUGUUCAGUAGCCCUGCUCCCACCAUGGCAAGUAUAAAUAGAAAGGCAAAGUCUCGUGGGUUGGAUAAAGACAGCAGAAGUAGAAACAGGCUGAGUCACACUUCAUCCCCUUUCUCCCUCAACAAGUCCAAGAAAACCCCUUUGCCCUCUGACAUGGACACGGGAGGCAACGGUAACCGGGUGCCCAGACCACGCAGGCAACGUAGCACAAACUCUCAGGGCAGACAUUUCCUGCCAUCCCUAAAUGAACUUUACAUUGUUGAAACUAAUCAGGAAUUGAAAACCCUUAACUGUGUAUCAUCACACAGCUGCAGCUACACUUUAUUUCUGCAAAGGAAUCAAAAUUCAUCCAUGAAUCACAUUACUCUACAUAUGAGAUUCUCUGAAAGUGUGUGGGUGUGGAAGUGUAGUGUCACUAGAGGGCGUAUUUGCCCAAACCAAACAGAGACUGAUUUUUCUGAAAGAAAAGGUGCCCUAAGAAAGGGGACCAAUCACUUUUGGUCAAUUCCACUGGCAUCAUUUCACGAUGCCGCUUACCAUUUCCGGGUGUCAAUCUACGAUGAGAUAGGCUGUGCUGGGUCUCAAAAACAGAAGAUGCAGGAUACUACACUAUUCACUGAUUACUAUUUUCUCAUCCAGAGCAGAUGCACUUAAAUAGGAGUGUCUAAAAUAUCAAAUAUUAGUUUUCUUAUUGGCUGUAUUUCAAAUAUUGGCUGUUCUUUUUCUUUUGCAAUGUUGUAGCAUGGGAGUUUGUUAAAAUACCUUUCUUCAAGAAGAGUAACUGAAAUGCAAUAGAAACUCCACUGAUAAAAACAAACAUGCCAUUUUACCCUUAAGAAAUAUCUGAGGUUAGGACAGGUUUAUCCCUGCUCCACUGAUAUUACUGACACUGCAGACACUAAUUCAAACAACCUUAUUAAUCCCAGAGGGAAAUUGCUUAUUUAAAAAGUGUUAUACUGCUUUCCUCAUCCUAAAGGAGCAUUAAAAAAAAAAAAACUCUAGUAUGUACAGUAUCUUUUCUCUGAGAUACAUACUGGAUUUACAAAAGAUGUAUACCCUAUUGUCAAUAAAAAGUCUGGUUAAAUAGCUUAUUUUACUAGAUUUCAAAUUAUCAUAUAAUACACUCAUGAUGUGCACCCCGAGCACUCUUUCCAUUGAAAUGACACCCAUCGGCUUGUAAUGCAAAAAUUACUGGAGAACUUCCCAGAUUUUUUUUUUAUCGUGAUUUAACUGCAUUUUCAACCUUCAAAAUAUAAUUUAAUAAUAACUUUGAUAAUUAAUACUAUGCCAUAUAUUUCUUCUUUGCUGCUUGUGUUUGUUACAUUGCAGUCUUUGACCAUAUGGAUAAUGUAGGUCUGUCAUAUUCAGCAGUAAAGCAUCAUAACCAUUUAAGUAAUACAGCAUGAACAGUCAACUAAUGACUUGAUAAUAAUAAUAAUGAUGAUGAUAAUGAUAAUUAUUAUUAUUAUUAUUAUUAUUCAUUUUUUAAAUUAUUGAUUUAUAAUUGUUUCCAUGGUAAGUCUAAGCCACUGAAACCAUACUAUUAUAGUUUAGAAAGUAUAGUUCACUGGACCUUAAAGAAAAUCACUGGAUUUAAUACAUUUUUAUUUCUUUAAAACUGGAAAACAGUACAUAAUCACACUGGAAUGAGCCCACAUAAUGUCUGCUGUUUCAGAAACACUGGAUGAUAAUGGUAUAUGGUUUUAAUUAUAAAAUAAUUAUUUAUAUUUGAUAAACGAAAGGAGCAUAUUGCCUUCAUUUUUUAAAAAUCCAACUGUGCAUAAAUGCAAAUUAAAUAAAUUAAAUAGUUGUCAAUAUACAUAUAUGUAAAAAAAUAUUUUACUAAUUGUAAGUAUUAUUGCAUUCUUUAGAUUUCUUAUUAGCUUAUAAACACUUUUUUGGAUGUAACUUUUUUGUUUUUUAAUUUCUUUUGUCUUUUUUUUUUUUUUUGUAGCUAUUAUUUUAGCUAAUUUCCAUUCCAGUCAAGUUGUGUUUUAUGAAAAAAAAAAGCAUGUAGUAGAAACAUAAAAACAUAUGACUUUAUGUACAGCCUUUAAUGAAGCACUAUUUUAUCUAGAUUUUUGCUUUUUUAAAUGCUUUUAGGAUUAAUGUGUACUAAAGAUUUCCAAAAUAUAUACUGUAUCUGCAUUUUUUAAGCUGUAAACUAAGCCAUAGUAGACCGUCAAGGGAUGAGCAUGGAAUAUGUUUGGAAGCAUGCACAUUAUGCCUAUAAGAUGAACUACAGUAAAAUGACACUAUGAAUAUGUGAUGACAAAUGUAUUUUUCUAAUCCUGUACUUACAGUAACUUAGAGAUUGUUGGAAAAUAAUAAAUAUUGAUUAUUUCUAACUGUUAUAGGAGAGGGGGGGUCAAAACCAAUGGGACUUUUGACAUUGCAGCAAUUUUUACUAUCCAGUGGUCUUCCCAGUAAAUACAAUAGGCAGCUUCAGACUAUGCACUGUAAAUAAUAUUUUGUUCUAAUGUCAUAAUAUACACUCAACUGUCUCUAAUGUUUUAGUGAGAAUGCAGUGUCAUAGUUUUUAGUAAUAGACGUGCUAAAAUCAACAUUCCUUAUGUCCAUCAUUUUAUGUGUUCUUUUUUACUUAUAAUUUUAAAGCUGUACUAGUAUGUAACUGAAAUUCAGUAUAUUAAUUAUAGUCACACUGAAUAUGUGUGUGUCUAUAGUGCAUAUAAAAUUCUUAAUUUCACACAAAAGUAUUGUUGUUUUUAUUUCUUGGUAUUUUAUCAUUAGUAAAAACAAGUCCAACUAUUUUUUGUAUAUAUCUUGUGACGUAAAAGCCCAGUGUGCACUAAAGUGUAACCAAAACUGCUUGUUGGAACACUUCUUAUUCAUAUCCAUUUGGCCUUUUUUAAGUGUUGAAAUCCUUUUGUUUGGUCACUCAUUUCAUGGCCAGUUAUUAUUUGCAUUCUUAUGGAGAAAAUAUACUGACUCUAUGUAAAGAAAGCAUGCAAAUAUGAUUAAAUAUUUCUGAAA